AUGGGAAGUUUUUCAUGGGAUAAUCAUAGUUAUUUACAAUAUCAUAAUGGUCGACCAUUAUCAGUUGCUUUGACAGAACCAUGCGACUGUGAAUUGUCACCUUUUAUUGAAAGUGAUUUUGCAGCACAACGUCAUCAUGCUCGAAGUAAUUCAUCAGGUCGAAGAUUUAAACGAGAAUCUUAUCAAACGGUGACAAUAGAGGAACAGCAGUGUCUGCCGAUUCACACUGGGAUUUCAUAUGUUCGUACACCAUCGCCUCCUGUUCGACAAGUUAAAAUACGUUCUCGACCUUCAUCAUGUUAUGAUCUACAUAACAGGGAAUCAACAGAUCAACGAUGGACAAAAGUGGUUGAUGAACAUCAUGAGGAACAUUAUAACUAUAAUUAUAACUAUAAUCUACCAAUAGAUCGUAUUGUACCAAUUCAACGAGACCCAACACCACCAAGAUUUAUUCAUCAGAAUGAAACAGUAACAACAACAGAAGAUUUUAAUUUUAAUAUAACAGCAAAACCAGCUAUUCGUCCUUCCAUGCGAAGUGUUGGAACAACAACUAAAGAUCUUCGCCCUUUAAGUAGAUCAGAAACACAAGUCAUCGAACGAUAUGAAAAAGACGAAAAAAUUCGACGUGAUUCACUUACAGAAUCAGGUACUAGUAUACUAGGAUGUCAACGACCAUUGCAACAUUCGUAUGAUGGUAAAACAUCAAAAUCAUACAAUGCAUUGAAUGUUUAUUCGGAUCAUGGAAGACAUGAUCUUACUGUUCGACCAACUCAUAAACCACGUGAAGCUCUCGUUGAUACUUAUGAAAUAACUGCUCCUCCAAGUAAUUCAUCCUAUUCAAUGAUACCAAUAACUGUUGAAAAAAAUUCAAGAUCUCGCUAUUAUUAUUAA